CUCUGUCUCGGAUUAAUCCCGGAGAGCUGGAGUCAACCUCUCAGGGCAGAGAGAUGCGACCCUCAGGGACCCCGAGAGUCGCGCUGCUGGUGCUGCUUGCUGCGCUCUGCGCCGCAGGUGGGGCGCUGGAAGAAAAGAAAGUUUGCCAAGGGACAAGUAACAGGCUCACCCAACUUGGCACUUUUGAAGACCACUUUCUGAGCCUCCAGAGGAUGUUCAACAACUGUGAGGUGGUCCUUGGGAACCUGGAAAUUACCUACGUGCAAAGGAAUUAUGACCUUUCCUUCUUAAAGACCAUCCAGGAGGUGGCCGGCUACGUGCUCAUUGCCCUCAAUACAGUGGAGAGGAUCCCUUUGGAGAACCUGCAGAUCAUCAGGGGAAAUGCUCUGUAUGAAAACACCUAUGCCUUAGCUGUCCUGUCCAACUACGGGGCAAACAGAACUGGGCUCAGGGAACUGCCCAUGCACAACUUACAGGAGAUCCUGAUCGGUGCUGUGAGGUUCAGCAACAACCCAAUCCUCUGCCAUGUGGAGACUAUCCAGUGGAAGGACAUCGUCCACAAUGACUUCCUGGGCAACAUGUCAAUGGACUUACAGAGCCAUCUGAACAACUGCCAAAAAUGUGAUCCGAGCUGUCCCAAUGGAAGCUGCUGGGGAGGAGGAGAGGCGAACUGCCAGAAAUUGACCAAAAUCAUCUGUGCCCAGCAAUGUUCCCGGCGUUGUCGUGGCAGGUCCCCCAGCGACUGCUGCCACAACCAGUGUGCCGCUGGCUGUACAGGGCCCCGAGAAAGCGACUGCCUGGUCUGCCACAGGUUCCGAGAUGAAGCCACAUGCAAAGACACCUGCCCACCACUUAUGCUGUACAACCCCACCACGUAUCAGAUGGAUGUCAACCCUGAGGGGAAGUACAGCUUUGGUGCCACCUGUGUGAAGAAAUGCCCCCGAAACUAUGUGGUGACAGAUCAUGGCUCAUGUGUCCGGGCCUGCGGCCCUGACUACUUUGAAGUGGAAGAAGACGGCGUCAGGAAGUGCAAAAAAUGCGAUGGGCCUUGUCGCAAAGUUUGUAAUGGCAUUGGCAUUGGCGAAUUUAAAGACACGCUUUCCAUAAAUGCUACGAACAUCAAACACUUCAAAUACUGCACUGCCAUCAGCGGGGACCUUCAUAUCCUGCCAGUGGCCUUCAAGGGGGAUUCCUUCACACACACUCCUCCCCUGGACCCACGGGAACUAGAAAUUCUGAAAACCGUAAAGGAAAUAACAGGGUUUUUGCUGAUUCAGGCUUGGCCGGCAAACUGGACUGACCUCCAUGCUUUUGAGAACCUAGAAAUAAUACGUGGCAGGACAAAGCAACACGGUCAGUUUUCUCUCGCGGUUGUUGGCCUGAACAUAACAUCACUGGGGCUGCGCUCCCUCAAGGAAAUAAGUGACGGAGAUGUGGUCAUUUCUGGAAACCGAAAUUUGUGCUACGCAAACACAAUAAACUGGAAAAAACUCUUUGGGACGUCCAGUCAAAAAACCAAAAUCAUGAACAACAGAGCUGAGAAAGAUUGCAAGGCCUUGAACCACGUCUGUAAUCCUUUAUGCUCCUCGGAAGGCUGCUGGGGCCCUGAGCCCAAGGACUGUGUCUCCUGCCACAACGUCAGCAGGGGCAGGGAGUGCGUGCAGAGAUGCAACGUCCUGGAGGGGGAGCCCAGGGAGUUCGUGGAGAAAUCUGAAUGCAUCCAGUGUCACCCCGAAUGUCUGCCCCAGACCAUGAACAUCACCUGUACAGGCCGGGGGCCAGACAACUGUAUUAAGUGUGCCCACUAUAUUGACGGUCCUCACUGUGUCAAGACCUGUCCAGCUGGGAUCAUGGGGGAGAACAACACCCUAGUCUGGAAGUACGCAGAUGCCAAUAAUGUCUGCCACCUCUGCCAUCCAAACUGUACCUAUGGAUGUUCUGGGCCAGGUCUUCGUGGAUGUCCAAUCGGGCCCAAGAUCCCUUCUAUUGCUACUGGGAUUGUGGGUGGCCUCCUCUUCAUAGUGGUGGUGGCCCUUGGGAUUGGCCUGUUCAUGCGAAGGCGCCACAUUGUCCGCAAACGUACCCUACGCCGUCUGCUUCAGGAGAGAGAGCUUGUGGAACCUCUUACCCCCAGCGGAGAAGCUCCCAACCAAGCCCUCUUGAGGAUCUUAAAGGAAACAGAAUUCAAAAAAAUCAAAGUUCUGGGUUCUGGAGCAUUUGGCACAGUGUAUAAGGGUCUCUGGAUCCCAGAAGGUGAGAAAGUGAAAAUUCCUGUGGCCAUCAAGGAGUUAAGAGAAGCUACAUCUCCAAAAGCCAACAAGGAAAUCCUUGACGAAGCCUAUGUGAUGGCCAGUGUGGACAACCCUCAUGUGUGCCGCCUGCUGGGCAUCUGCCUAACCUCCACUGUCCAGCUCAUCACACAGCUCAUGCCCUAUGGUUGCCUCCUGGACUAUGUCCGAGAGCACAGGGACAACAUAGGCUCUCAGUACCUGCUCAACUGGUGUGUGCAGAUUGCGAAGGGCAUGAACUAUCUGGAAGAUCGGCGCUUGGUGCACCGUGACUUAGCAGCCAGGAACGUUCUGGUGAAGACGCCACAGCACGUCAAGAUCACCGAUUUUGGGCUGGCCAAACUGCUUGGUGCUGAGGAGAAAGAAUACCAUGCUGAGGGAGGCAAAGUGCCCAUCAAGUGGAUGGCUUUGGAAUCAAUUUUACACCGAAUUUAUACACACCAAAGCGAUGUCUGGAGCUAUGGAGUCACUGUGUGGGAACUGAUGACCUUUGGGUCCAAGCCUUACGAUGGAAUCCCUGCAAGUGAGAUCUCGUCCAUCCUGGAGAAAGGAGAACGCCUUCCACAGCCACCCAUCUGCACCAUCGAUGUCUACAUGAUCAUGGUCAAGUGCUGGAUGAUAGAUGCUGACAGCCGCCCAAAGUUCCGCGAGAUGAUCCUAGAAUUUUCCAAGAUGGCCCGAGACCCCCAGCGCUACCUUGUCAUCCAGGGAGAUGAAAGAAUGCAUUUGCCGAGCCCUACUGACUCCAAUUUUUACCGUGCUCUGAUGGAUGAGGAGGACAUGGAAGACGUCGUUGAUGCUGACGAGUAUCUCAUCCCACAGCAAGGCUUCUUCAGCAGCCCUUCCACAUCCCGGACUCCCCUGCUGAGCUCCCUGAGUGCCACCAGCAACAAUUCCACUGCAGCUUGCAUUAAUAGAAAUGGGAGCUGUCGUGUCAAGGAAGAAGGCUUCUUGCAGAGGUACAGCUCUGACCCCACCGGUGCCUUAACAGAUGACAACAUAGAUGACACUUUCCUCCCUGCACCUGAAUAUAUAAACCAAUCUGUUCCCAAGAGGCCAGCAGGCUCUGUACAGAAUCCUGUCUAUCACAAUCAGCCCCUGCAUCCAGCUUCUGGCAGGGACCUGCAUUAUCAAAAUCCCCAUAGCAACGCCGUGGGCAACCCUGAGUAUCUCAACACUGCCCAGCCUACCUGUAUCGGUAGUGGAUUUGACAGUCCUGCAAUCUGGGUCCAGAAAGGCAGCCACCAAAUGAGCCUGGACAACCCUGACUACCAGCAGGACUUCUUUCCCAAGGAAGCCAAGCCAAACGGCAUCUUUAAGGGCCCCACAGCCGAAAAUGCAGAAUACCUACGGGUAGCACCGCAAAGCAGCGAGUUUAUCGGAGCAUGACAUGGAGCGGUGUC